UGUGGUGACUUUGUCCAAAGCCCCGUGCCCCGCGAUUUCUUUCACGUACCAUCUAGCUAGCUACUUUGUUGGAAUCUCCAACGAGGCCUCAGACGACAUGAACCUCGGCAACCUUGCCUUCGCGACACGCCACGAGCGGACGCCGGAGGAGAAGAAACUUGUCAGACGACUGGACAUCUUCUUGAUGACAUUCGGAUGUGUUUCUCAAGACCUCGACCAAACCAACAUCAGCAAUGCUUAUGUUUCCGGCAUGAAAGAGGAUCUCAACCUCUACGGGAAUGAGUUGAACUACUUCACAACAUACUUCAAUGUCGCGUACUGCAUCAUGCUCAUCCCCUCUCAAAUCAUUCUGACGUACGUUCGCCCGAGCUACUGGCUCUCUGGACUCGAAGUCUGCUGGGGCAUCAUCACAGGCAUGUUCGCCCUCGUCAAAAACGCGCAGCAGGUGUACGCGCUCCGCGUCCUCCUCGGUCUCUGCGAAAGCAGCGCUUGGCCGGGUAUGAUGACGCUGUUGAUGUACUGGUACACACCGUCGGAGCUCGCCAAGCGUAUGGGUUUUUACCACUCGUGCCAAGCUGUCGGGUCGAUGAUGUCGGGCGCGUUGCAGGUUGCGAUUCGGAGCUCCAUGCAUGGACUACACGGAAUGCCCGGCUGGCGCUGGUUGUUCAUCGUCAACGCCAUCAUGACCGUUGUUGUGGGUGCUCUGGGCUUUGUGUUGCUGCCCGAUACUCCCAACGAUCCCAACCCGCGAGCGUUUUGGUUCAAGAAGGAACACGCCCAGCUUGCCAUGGAGCGGCUGGAACGUCACGGCAAGGCGGAGCCAAAGAAGAUGACCUGGGUUGCGGCCAAGCGCGCAUUCAAGAGUUGGGUCAUUUACUUCGUCCCCAUCUUGUACAUUGCCACUGUACUCGAGACUUACGGCAACAACUACUUCAACCUGUUCCUAAAGAGUUUGAAGAACCCCGACGGAAGCCCCAAAUGGACGACGUCAGAGGUCAACGCUAUCCCCAUCGGCGGAAGCGCGAUCAAUGUAGUCUUUGUCUGGAUCUGGGCCAUUCUGUCUGAUCUCUUCAUGACGCGUUGGACCUUGAUCGUCGCCCAGGCUGUGAUCGGUCUCGUCAUCUGUAUCGCCAUGAGCGUCUGGGCCUCACACCCCACCACGACGCCUCUUGCAGUGGCAUACGCAGCCAACUUCAUCAUUUUCACCGCCAUGGGAACCGCGCCUCUGAUAUUUGCGUGGCUAGCCGACAUCCUGCCUCAUGACCCCGAGGCGAGGACACUGAUCGUCGGUGUAUCUAUUGCAGGCUAUUACGCUAUCUCGGCCUGGUCACAGGUUCUGGUCUGGCCAGCGACCCAGGCGCCGUACUACAAAUACGCGUGGCAGUCAGCAAUUGCCAUCGGCGUCCUCGUCAUCGUCAUGACUUGUGUGCUUCGCUAUAUCGAUGUCAAGUACCUGAAACCAAAGAGGGAGCAAUACAGAGCUACAGUGAUCGAAGCGGCGGAGGAGCUCCCCCGCGACUCCAUCGACCGAAAAGUGAAGUCAGCCGCCAUAGUGCCGGAAGUCUAGGUCCUUGACGUCGGAGGGCACGGCGGUAUAGAACACAAGACGAAUCUUUUCCCGUAACUCUCGGUUACAGUAAAGCCGACCAUAUCUUGAGCAUGUUUGUUUGUGUAGCCAGUCAUGUAUAAUGGCGGAACGGGUCUAAGGUUUCUUUACAUGGGUGGACGCACCAAUCGAGCCACCACUUCCUUGGGCGAGUUGACUUUAACCAAGUAGUCAAAACGAUGAGAUACACUACGGUUCAUCGUGGCCACAUCAUUCUGCUGCUGAUGACGCACGAUAAUUAUUGGGAAGUUGUGGUGAACAAUAGUGGCAGGGCAUUGAACAUAGGAUUGACUCCGGUAAAAUCCCCAAUAUUCCUGUGGGAUCUAUGUCGUAUUUCGUAGAUGCUGUUUGGCUAGGAAGAUACUCUGUAAUAUUUAUCAUAGCAUCCGUAACCGCACUUCCGUACACAUAGAGAAGAAAGUAUAAGAGAUUUGGGGCCCGUGCACGAUAGGUGUGGAUACCGGUCGGCCGACGGGGCUUCAGUUCUUCCCGGCGAAUGAC